GCGCCAUUCUCGUACGGACGAUUCUUGUCCCCAAUUUGGCGAGAGAAUCCACAGAAAAGCAAAGCAGGAGGACGAACCGAAACCCUCACGAAGCCCGUUACUCAGAAGUCAGAAACAAAGAAGGAGCAAUCAAUUCAGAGUUGAGAACAAGUAGAGUAAGAGAGGGGAAUGGCGGAGAAGAAGGAGAUCGUGCCGCCGAAAUACGACCUGGACGCCAAAUGGGACGCGUGUCUCGAUCUCACGGUCCGCCGCGUAGUCUACUCGUCCUUGGCCGGCGCCUUCGGUGGCCUUCUCUUAUUCAGGAGUCCUGUUACUCGCUGGGCAUCUGUUGCUUUUGGUGCUGGCGUGGGCAUUGGAUCUGCGUACACAGACUGUUCUCGUUUAUUUGAUGGAUCUCCUGCAAAGUUAGCAACUCCUGAGAUCACAGAGACUCCUGCUCACCAGGUUUCAUCAAGUGAUUUGUUGGCAGCUCCUGAGAUCACAGAUACUCCUUCUCCUCAGGGUGCCCAGGACUGAGAAUUGAUUCUCUCCAAGUUACUCCCAAGUUGGCUGGGCAAAAUCAGAGUUUUCUUGAGAUUUGUGGUUUUUUUUCACAACAAUGGCGUAGUACAAACAUUGUUCUUGAUGGAUAAAUGAUAACCUGGUGUAGUCAAAUUCAAGUGUCUUUUGUUUUGUAAUCCUAUUUUCUUGAGAGGAAUUUACUUUGGGUAAGAAAAGGAAGAAAUAAUUGCUUUUGUUGCAGUGU